CCGGGCCAAGAAGCAACCUUCGACUUGACUUAAACAUGACAACACAAGAAAGAAAGGAACAACGUGAAGCAAUUGCCAACACUUCUCUUCGCCUUCUCUCGCGCUUCUCGAUUUCUCCCUUUUGUUUCAUCCUCACCACCCGACAAAAAAAGCCGCCGUUUUGCCUCCCCUCUAUCUCUUCCCCGAAUCCAUAUCUCGUUCUUGGAACCCUAAUACCCUCCCCGCCCUCGUUCUCCAACGAUGAGCGCUCAGAGGAAGCGGAACUUCAAGAUCGAGGCGUUCAAGCAUCGGGUGGAUCUCGACCCCAAGUAUGCCGAGAAGACAUGGAAGGUGCUUGAGCACGCCAUCCACGAGAUCUACAACCACAACGCCAGCGGCCUUAGCUUUGAAGAGCUCUACAGGAAUGCUUACAAUAUGGUGCUCCACAAACAUGGAGAAAAAUUGUACUCUGGACUUGUGACCACCAUGACAUGGCACCUAAAGGAAAUAUCACAAUCAAUUGAGGCUGUUCAGGGUGAUCUAUUUCUUGACGAACUGAACAGAAAAUGGGGAGAACACACCAAGGCAUUGCAAAUGAUCCGAGAUAUACUGAUGUACAUGGAUAGGACAUUCAUUACCAGUUCCCGUAAGACGCCAGUAUAUGAACUAGGACUGAAUCUGUGGAGAGAUAAUAUCAUUCGUUCCAGCAAAAUUCAGGACAGGCAACUUAAUACAAUUCUUGAGCUUAUACAUAAAGAGCGCACGGGUGAAGUUAUUAAUCGAGGAUUGAUGAGGAAUAUAACAAAGAUGCUAAUGGAUCUGGGAUCUUCAGUGUAUCAAGAAGAUUUUGAGAAGCCCUUUCUGGACGUUUCAGCUAGUUUUUAUAGUGGCGAGUCCCAGCAGUUCAUUGAGUGCUGCAAUUGUGGUGAGUACUUAAAAAAAGCUGAGAGACGGCUCAAUGAAGAGAUGGAGAGGGUUUCUCAAUACUUGGAUACUAAAACUGAACCAAAAAUUACUUGUGUUGUAGAGAAGGAGAUGAUUGCUAACCACAUGAAACAAUUGGUCCAUAUGGAGAACUCUGGCCUUGUUAAUAUGCUUGUAGAUGAUAGGUAUGAAGACUUAAUCAGAAUGUACAAUUUGUUCCAGCGAGUUACUGAAGGCCUUCGGUUGAUAAGAGAUCUCAUGACUUCACAUCUUCGAGAAACUGGGAAGCAGUUAGUAACAGAUCCAGAGAGAUUUAAGGAUCCUGUGGACUUUGUUCAGCGACUUCUGAAUGAAAAGGAUAAGUAUGAUAAGAUCAUCGCCGCAGCAUUUAAUAAUGACAAGUCUUUCCAAAAUGCCUUAAAUUCUUCUUUUGAAUAUUUCAUCAAUCUCAAUAGCCGAUCUCCAGAGUUUAUUUCCCUAUAUGUCAAUGACAAACUCCAUAAAAAUUUGAAAGGUGUCAGUGAAGAGGAUGUAGAGAUUGUUCUCGACAAAGUGAUGAUGCUCUUUAGGUACUUACAAGAGAAGGACAUCUUUGAGAAAUAUUACAAGCAACACCUGGCAAAGUGGCUCCUUUCUGGGAAGAUAGUUUCAGAUGAUGCCAAGAGAAAUCUGAUAGUGAAGCUCAAGACCGAAUGUGGCUAUCAGUUUACCUCUAAACUCGAAGGCAUGUUUACAGAUAUGAAGACCUCCCAGGAUACCAUGCAAGGAUUUUAUGCCAGUCAAGGUUUCGAAGCUGGGGAAGGUCCUACCCUGGUCGUGCAGGUUCUCACAACUGGAUCGUGGCCAACCCAACCUAGUGCUGCAUGUAACCUUCCAGCUGAAAUUCUUGGUGUAUGUGACAAGUUUCGAGCAUAUUAUCUUGGAACCCAUAGUGGCCGGCGGUUGACAUGGCAAACCAACAUGGGAACAGCUGACCUGAAGGCCACUUUUGCUAAGGGUCAGAAGCAUGAGCUGAAUGUUUCUACCUAUCAGAUGUGCAUUCUCAUGCUGUUCAAUUCAGUAGACCGGCUGAGCUGUAAAGAAAUUGAACAGGCAACUGCAAUACCAUCACAAGAUCUCAAGCGAUGCCUUCAGUCUCUUGCUUGUGUUCUGGGCAAGAAUGUUCUCCGUAAGGUUCCAAUGAGCAAGGACAUAGCCGAGGAUGAUAUCUUCUCCAUCAACGACAAGUUCAUGAGCAAGUUCUUCAAGAUCAAGAUUGGCACAGUCACCGCGCAGAAGGAAUCAGAGCCAGAGAAGCAGGAGACUCGCCAGCAGGUGGAGGAAGACAGGAAACCUCAGAUCGAGGCAGCAAUAAUCAGGGUCAUGAAGGCCCGACGGGUUACGGGUUACAACAGCAUUGUGAUGGAGGUGACCAAGCAGUUGCAGCCACGUUUCCUGCCGAACCCUGUCGUGAUUAAGAAGAGGAUCGAGUUUCUGAUUGAGCGGGAAUUCUUGGAGAGGGACGAGGGUGACAGGAAGUUGUAUCGUUAUCUCGCCUAGACUUAGAUGUGGACUCCAUCGAGUAUCUAAUUGAAAUUUCCCAUGUCUAUAUGAUUGCUUGUUAAUUAUGAUCUUAUUUUCAUUCA